AAGGUUGUUCUUCAGCUAAACGAGUUAAAAGAGAUGUAUGGAAGGCAUCUUGUGGCUUAUGUGUGGGAGUAGGCAGUUUUAGCGAUCCACCGGAAGUUCCAGGCCUGGCACAUUUCGUUCAGCACAUGGUUGUUAUGGAAUCCGAAAAAUAUCCAAAUGAAAACGAUUUUAAAGGAUUUAUCAGUCUCAAUGGUGGCACUACUUACGCCGCAACAGAUUGCGAGCAUACAAGAUUUUACUUUGAUAUUCCGGAUGCACAGUUGUUGUCAGCUCUCAUUCCUUUUAGUGUAACUUUCAAUAAAAAAAUUCCGAUUAAGAAAGAAGCUGUCACGCGGGAGCGAGAGGUCAUACAAAAGGAAUUUCAGUUGGGUUUAUCUAGUGACAAAAAUAGAAAGGAACUAUUACUGUCUUUUAUUGCUCGAACUGGUCAUCCAGCCAGUAAGUUUCUUCGGGGCAAUUCCAUAGCUUUAAACAAUGAUAUAGAUGAUGACAAGUUAUACGAAGCACUGCACAUUUUCAGAGAACGUCAUUAUAGCCCUCACAGAAUGACGCUAGCUAUACAGGCGAGAUUACCGCUAGAUACAUUGGCAGAGUAUGUCCAAAUCUGCUUUAGUGAUUUACAAAGUAAUUGCGAGCCUUCCGAUAAUUUCGCCGAAUUUAAAGACGGCGAUUCAUUUGAUACCGACGGUUUCCAAAGAAUGUUUAAACAGAUUAAGCCCAUGAAAGAUAUCAUGCAACUACAUGUAACGUGGGCUUUGCCUUCACUACUUAAUUUGUACAGAAGUAAACCAAGUAAAUAUAUUUCGUGGAUUAUUGAACAUAAAGGAAGUGGUUCUUUAACUAGUUAUCUACGUAAAAAAAAGUGGGGCCUUGAUGUAUUUUGUGGUAACUGUGGUAACGAUAAUGGUUUCGGAAACAAUUCUAUGUAUGUUUUAUUCGAGAUUGUAGUAGAACUCACCCAAGAAGGAGCAAUACAUCGGCAAGACGUUCUAGAUGCAAUAUUUUCCUUUAUAAAAUUAGUAAAAAGUACGGGUCCACAAGAAAGUAUUUAUACUGAACUUUAUAAGAUUGGAAAUAAUAAUUUCAGAUUUUUUAGUAAGCAUGAUGAUGUGUUUGAUUUAUGUAUGAGUAUGCAUUUUUAUCAGCCAUGUGAUUAUCUAACCGGAAAGCAUCUUUAUUUCGAGUAUAACCCAGAAGCUGUACAAAAAUGUUUGGAUUUUUUGGUGCCAGAGACGGCGAUGAUCAUGAUUUUUAACUAUGAUUAUAAAUUACAUAUAGUCGAGCCGGAUUUCAAAAUUAAUUAUAGAGAUAUAUCGUUACCAAAGGAAUUUAUCGAACGCUGGAAAUCUAUCGAGCCAUUAUCUGAUUUUCAAUUACCAUUACGCAAUGAAUUUCUUACCAAUAAUUUCUCUAUCUUACCGGUAUCAGCAGAAGCUCCGAAAUAUCCUGUGAAAAUACAUCAUGAUUGUAUGUCGGAGAUUUGGUUUUGCCCGAAGUUUCAUUGGCCGAUGUGUCAUAUAAAUCUUCAUAUUAUUGCUUUCCUAAAUGGUCCAGUACCAAGGAAUGCCGUUAACCUGCAAUUGUACUGUAAUGUAUUAAAAUAUCUAUCGCUCGAAGAAUUACACCCGGCUGUAACGGCUGGGUUUGCUUACAAGAUCGAUGUCAAUGAAGCAGGUACAGGUAUUACAAUACAAACAAGCGGAUUUAACGAACAUCUGUCAUCCUGGUUGAUGAAUAUUGCAAACUAUUUAGUGGGUCUAGUCCCUAUUUCGAAGGACUUGUUUAAAAUUAUUAAAAUGCAACAAUUCAAGAAAUAUUACAACAAAUUUACAGAACCGGAGAAGUUCAUCGAAGAUGUGAAAUUAUGGAUACUAAAGUGGGACAGCUAUACACAUGUUAACAAAUACAAUUCCCUACGUCUAUGUAGUUAUGAAAGCUUCCAAAACUUUGUAAAAUCAUUCACCAAUAAUCUGUACAUCCAAUGCCUCGCAGAAGGCAACGUAACGAAAGACUUUACGAUCAAUAUCAUACAAGAAUUUAUCCAAAAAAUUAACUAUAAUUCCUUGAAAAAUAGGACGUUUUUUGUUUACGGCAAUAAGAUACCCCGACACACAUCUUAUUUAAAAUUAAAAAAUAUUAACCGAACUGAUUCAAACUCGAUAGUGACAAAUUAUUAUCAAGUCGAUUCUGCAACAAUUGAAUUAUCGGUGUUAAUCCAGCUGAUGCUCAUGCUAAUGAAAGAAUCAUUAAUGAAUCAUAUACGAACCCAAGAAAAGCUUAGUUAUGUUUCGUGCAAAUUUAAUGAUAUCUACGGUGUGUUAGGAUAUUCUAUUACUCUUUGUACUCAGGCAGAUAAAUGCACAACCGAAUACGUUGACCAACAGAUCGAGGAAUUUCUGAAUUCAUUUCGAAUCGUGUUGGAACAGUUCUCAGAAAAGAAAUUAGAUGAUGUCAAAGAAGGUCUGAAAAUUUCAAAGCAACAUGACGAUGCCGAGACUCUGAAAAACAGAGUCAAUAGACACUGGAGUGAGAUUACGAAGCAGCAAUACAUGUUUGACAGAUGUGAAAAGGAAGCGCUUGCAUUAAAGGACAUAAAUAUCAAUAAGCUGAAACAAUUUUUUAGAAGGCACACACUGGACGGAAGUAGUUUCAGAAAAUUGAGUGUACAUGUGGUAGGAACACCAAAGGAAGUUACAGUCAAUGCAGAGAAUCGAAGGCGAUAUUAUUCUAUUGAGGAAUUGAUAAUUAACGAUUCGCAGUACAAUACUGCUACAGAUCAUCAUAUUACUGACAUAAACCAUUACAAAUUUAUUAGUUGUAGUCGGUUAGUACGUUCAUAUUAUAAGUGA